AUGCCUCUUAAAUUUACAAAAACAGAAGUUGCUCGAAUUAUUAGAAAAUCAGACCCAAAAAAGGCUCCAGGAUACGACCUCAUUACAAACCCGUAUAUACAAGAACUACCUGAAUCUGGCAUAACUUUCCUUACUUCACUAUUUAAUGCCAUGACCAGACUGCAGUUUUUUCCCCUGGAGUGGAAGGUCGCACAAAUUGUAAUGCUGCUAAAGCCAGAGAGACAACCUGAAGAAACAAAAUCGUACAGGCCCAUAAGUCUGCUACCCAUCCCAUCCAAAAUAUAUGAAUCCCUACUGCUACAACGAAUCUUGCCUAUACUCAAAGAGAAGGAGCUAAUCCCUGACCACCAGUUUGGAUUCCGCAGUAAGCAUGCCACUAUCGACCAAGUGCACAGGCUAACAAAAUACAUCAUGGAGUCGCUGGAAGGUAAAGCUUACUGCGCCAGUGCAUUCCUGGACAUAUCUCAAGCGUUUGACCGCAUGUGGCAUGAGGGAUUGUUAUUUAAAUUGAAAAAUGCACUACCAGAUCACCUUUACGGGAUAUUAAAAUCAUUUCUCCAGCAGCGCCAUUUCAAAGUACAACAAGGGGAAGCUCUGUCAGAUCUCUGCCCUAUAAAAGCAGGAGUCCCGCAGGGCAGUGUACUGGGUCCCAUACUCUAUUUACUUUUCACCGCGGACCUGCCGACAUCUGAAUCAUUAAUCACUGGAACCUUUGCUGACGACACCGCUAUACUGGCUACUCAUAGUGACCCAAAAAUAGCCUCACAAAUACUUCAAAAAGGGCUAAAUGACAUAUCCCACUGGCUCAAAAAGUGGCGGAUAAAAGCAAAUGAAACCAAAUCAGUCAACGUAACGUUCACCCUAAGAAGGGGCUCUUGCCCCCCAGUCACACUUAACAACAUUGUAGUUCCACAGGCAGAUCAUGUGAGAUACCUUGGAUUGUACUUGGACAAAAGACUUACCUGGCAAAAACAUAUUUUCACUUAG